GCUCAAAACCAGUAACAGCAACAGUCUCUGUUACUCAAAAACAUGGCGGUUGCAAGUAUGGGCUCCGUCGGUGGUCUGUGCGACACGAAGGGCUUAAUCGUCCAAGUUGUAACGGGACGGUGGUUCGUGGUGUUUGCCUCCUUCUUAAUCAUGGCAGUCGCCGGAGCCACCUACAUGUUUGGCCUUUAUUCCGAAGAUAUAAAAAGGAACCUCGGCUACGACCAAACCACCCUCAACCUCCUUAGUUUCUUCAAAGACUUGGGUGGCAAUGUUGGUGUCCUCUCAGGCCUAAUCAAUGAGAUCACUCCUCCUUGGGUGGUACUCGCCAUGGGUUCCGUUUUGAACUUUUUCGGUUACUUCAUGAUAUGGCUUGCGGUGACUAAAAGAAUAGCAACACCCAAAGUGUGGCAGAUGUGUCUCUACAUCUGCAUAGGUGCUAACUCUCAGUCUUUUGCCAACACUGGUUCCUUAGUCACAUGCGUCAAGAACUUCCCUGAGAGUCGUGGGGUUGUGUUGGGUAUCCUCAAAGGCUAUGUUGGUCUUAGUGGAGCUAUCAUCACGCAACUCUACUUUGCUUUUUAUUACACCGACUCGAGGUCUUUGAUUUUGCUCAUAGCGUGGCUUCCAGCUGCUAUUUCCUUUGCUUUUCUUCGAACCAUUCGCUACAUGAAACCGGUUCGCCAACCUAAUGAACUAAGCGUUUUCUAUAAGUUUUUGUAUAUUUCUCUUGGACUUGCUGGGUUUCUCUUGGUUAUGAUCGUAGUGCAGAAAAAAGUGUCUUUCUCUCAGAGUGAGUAUGGGGUGAGUGCUGGUGUGGUGCUUUUCCUUCUCUUUCUCCCUCUUGCUGUUGUUUUUGUUGAACAGUACAAGAUCAGAGAGAGUCAGAAGCUUGCUUUGGUUGAUCCAGUGCCAGUGCAAAUAAUAGACGGAGGAGGGUUUGAGUCUGCAAAUGGUAACUCGCUCUCGGCUCCAACAUCGAAGGUUGAAGAAACUAGAUGGUGGCAGAAUGUUUUUAGCCCACCAGCUAGGGGUGAGGACUAUACCAUUCUUCAAGCCCUUUUCAGCGUAGACAUGAUAUUGCUGUUCUUCGCUACUACUUGUGGUGUUGGUGGCACUCUGACAGCAAUUGACAAUCUGGGUCAAAUUGGUACCUCAUUUGGAUACCCAAAGACAAGCAUAAGCACAUUCGUGUCCCUAGUAAGCAUUUGGAAUUAUCUGGGAAGGGUUUUCUCUGGUUUCGUUUCUGAACAUUUUCUAACAAAGUACAAGUUUCCUCGACCACUCAUGCUCACGCUAACUCUCCUCUUAUCCUGUGUCGGUCACCUUCUUGUAGCAUUUAAUGUGCCCAAUGGUCUCUACGUGGCUUCUAUAAUCAUUGGGUUUUGUUUCGGCGCACAAUGGCCCUUGGUCUUUGCCAUAAUUUCAGAGCUGUUUGGGCUCAAAUACUAUUCAACUUUGUACAACUUCGGCGGUGCAGCAAGCCCAAUUGGCCUUUAUGUGCUUAAUGUCAGGGUCGCAGGGCACUUGUAUGAUAAAGAAGCUAUGAAGCAAUUGGCUGCAACGGGUAUUCCAAGGAAAAUUGGGCAAGAAUUGAGUUGUGUUGGGACCAGUUGCUUCAAGUUGUCCUUCGUUAUUAUCACUGCAGCCACAUUUUUUGGUGUCAUUAUUUCGCUGAUUUUGGUGGCCAGGACUAUUAAGUUUUAUAAGGGUGACAUAUACAAGAGGUACCGGGAGCAGGCCGAAGAAGCCACCACUGAGAUGACGGUGGUCCAAAACGGUGGCGAGAGAGGACAAGAACUCAAACGUGGGGUGUAAUUGAUGUAGGGUAAGAUUCAAGUUGUGAGAGGGAUCUAUUGUUACUCUUCAAAUUUAAAUUUUUUUUGUUUAAAAUAUUUUUAUAAUAUUUUAGCAACAAAAAUAUUUUAAACAAAAUUAUUUAAAUAAAAAAGUGACGAUAAAGUGAGCUUAGCAAUAGUUGGAUUUCAAUUCCCCAGCCACUACGUCAUCGACCGCAAAGAAAAAUAUAGACAGCUAAGCUUUUUUCUUAUUUCCUCUCCUUGUCUUUCAUCCACUGCAUUCAUAUGCUAAUUAUGGAGAAUUGAAGUCAGAAUAUGAUUGACGUUCAACUACUACUUUCCCACUUUGUUCUGUUUGGGCAACAUUUCCCUAACCCUGUGUGCCUGUUUUGACAUCCAGUUGUGUCACUCACUGUCAAAAGUUAUCUCAAGAUUAAAGUACACAACCAAAGUUAUCUUUUUUAAGGUUAAACAUCACUUUAAUCUUUCAAAAAUGCAUUAA